GCUCAAAAAAAUUUAUCGAAAAAUUCCACCGGGAACUGCCCCAAAUCGUGACGGCCGGACAAAACCUCCUAUAGAAGGACUUAAUUGACCUUUUUAUGAAAGUUUGAGGACCUAUUUGACAGUUUUCCCUUUAAAUUACCAGGUCUAAUUUUACUUGAAACCCCGAUGUAUAUUAUUUGUGCAAAUUGAUCUGAUGUGUGUAAUACUUCGUAUAUACGUAGUACGAAGUAUAAGAGCCUACGUUGUACUUGAAAAUUAAUUAGAAGGGUCGCACGGAUUAUGGUUAAAAUCAGUUGCUUUCACUACACUGGACAGUACUAUACAGUAUACACUCGGAUAGACCUCUACACUCGGAAUCAAUUCCAAUAUCAUUUCUUUAGCUUUGGUAUCCAUUCCGCUACAAGCUAAUUCGGCAACAAAAAUAUAAUGCAGCGGAAAUGGGCUAUAAACUUACUUCUACACACGUCCCAAAUAGCACCAAGAAAUUAAACUCCAUCAAUUCUAAGAAGCACAAAAAAAAGACACUACUAGAUUUUCUGAUCUAACAAGCAUGCCAACAACAGCCAUAUCAUCAGCAGUCUUCAGUCCACCCAUUGAUGAAGGGAGAUGGAUCAGCCAAGGUCCCAGGACCUUAGACUCAGAACACAUAAUAGAGAUUGAUUUCACUCCAACAAUCUUUCAAGUGCCCCAAUCCUUGAAAGAAACUGCCCCAGAAGCCUACACUCCACGCCUACUUGGUCUGGGACCAUACCAUCAUCUCAGGCCUGAUCUCCAUUCAUCCCAUACGCAAAAGCUUACCAUGAUCAAGAAAUUCCAGAAAAACUCCCAACAGUUACUCAAGACUCCGUUUUUCUCCUCGAAAAAGAUGAAGGACAUUGAGCCCGUGGUUCGAUCCCACUAUGACAAGUACUUGGAUCUUGAAGGUGAAACCUUAGAGUACAUCACCCACCUUGAUUCUUUCUUCUUGAUUGAUUUCCUUGGUGCCUAUGACAAGAACACAGACGCUGCAAAUCUCGAACCGUUCCGUAAAGCGCUGGCCAAAGAUGUUAUCAUGAUGGAGAACCAAAUUCCCGCGAUCGCCCUUGAGGAGAUGGGGAAAGAGCUAGAGCUGUUUUCUCCAGUAAAGAGUGCCAAAGAUGUUAACAUGAUGGAGAACGAAGUUCCCGCAAUCGCCCCUGCGAAGAAGAUGAAAGGGCGAUUGCCAACACUUAUUCCUCUAGAAGAGAGUGUCACAGAAAACAUGUUGUACUCCCAACUCUUCUACUACUUCUGCAAAGCCCACUCUCCGCUCGAGGUGUCGAGUCUGUGGGACAAUAUACGCGGUAAGAGUGCUCACCUCCUUGAGCACAUGUAUUAUCUCGUCCUUCAUGUCAAUCCUUACAAACUAGAAGGGAUUUUUGCCAAAGAAUCAGUCAUCAUUGACGCUGGAACAGAGCUGUUAACGGCUUUGAAUGAGCUAGGACUGGGAGGGCCCUUGAUUAAGCCACUUCUGUUUGGUUUCAAGGCCAUACAAGUGAUAGAGAACAGCACCCUGGCUAAAGAGAUUGUUUCCGGGCGAAGGAACAAGGAACAGGAAGCGAACAUUAAAGCGACACAAAAAGCAGGAGCAGUUAUAAGCCAUAUCUGCCUCCCUUCGGCUUCGGAGCUGUCCGAGAAACACGGGGUGGACUUUCGGGUUUUGGAAGGAGUAGGGAUAAUGGGUAUCAGGUUAGAUGUUGAGGAGGCUAAGAAACCAGCUCUUUACCUCCCUCCUAUCCAUUUCAAAUAUGAUUCUGAUGUUGUGUUAAGAAACUUAGUCGCCUAUGAAGCUGCUGUUGCUACCACAAAAGAAACCACCUUAGAGCUUGCUGAGUAUGUUGUCCUCAUGGCUAACUUACUUCAGACGCCAAAAGACGUGGCAAUGCUGCGAGAAAGGGGAAUCAUAAUGGGAAAUGUGUUAGGUGAUGGAGAAGUGGUUGAAAUCUUCAAUGGGAUUGAAAAAUGUGUGGGGAAGUCAGAGAGAGUGUCUGCAAGCAAGGAGGUGAAGAACCAGGUGAAGGCCAUGGUGGAGGAAUGGGAGAAGAAGAAGGGGAAGACAUGGAAAAGGGUCCAAAGAUCGGUGGAGAAGGAGAUUAAGUAUGCAAUUGAGGUUAUGAGGAAACCUUGUGUCCUCGGUAUGAAGUAUCUGCUUUAUAUUUUUUUGGCCUUGCUGGUGGUGCUUCAGAUCAUGCAAGCAUACUGCGAUGUCUAUGGAUGCAGGAAAGAUAGCUUUAACCCCAAGGAGCAUAGUCAAUUUUUUUAAAUAAUUGUAUCAUUUCCUCUAAUAAGGUUGCUGUGUAAUUUGGAUAACAUUCAUGAUAUAUACUUGUAUAAUCUUAUAUCAAAACUGACUUUAGAACCCAAUGUUUGUUCAAUUUUUAUAGUAGUCCGAGACAUACGAGAGAAAUUGUAAUUUGUGAUUGUAAUAAAAAUGAUAAAACCGUACCCAAAUUUAGAUAAAGGAUUAAUCUGG